AUGGUGACUAGCGAAAGAGAAGGUCGUGCACCUUCGUUUUUCUCACGGAUUUGGUUCCGAGCCGCUGAAUACUGUGGAACCUUUGGUAAGUUGGUGGGCUUAGCGAUAUGUCAAGUAGCCAUCCCGGGAGAAAUCGAGGACUUGGCAUACUCAAAAUCGACAGCGCUUUUAAUCCAGCGGCCACGGUCGUUUGAGCACACGCAUGUAAAGAGAGAACCCAAGACCGUACACUCGGUGUGCCUGCAGGAGGCAGCGUACAACCACUGGGAAUCAAGUCAGCCCCAGCACAAUAAUAAGCAUUAUGCCGAGUGA